GUCAUCAUCAAACUUGGCGGCGCGGCAAUUACCAACAAGAAGGGUUCCUGUCAACUCGCUGAUGAACAUACACUGGAUGCGUUGAUGCAACAGAUCCAGCAAGCCCACGAAUAUCUCUCUGCGCAAGGCCACCGCCUCAUCCUCAUCCAUGGCGCCGGCAGCUUCGGACACCCUCAGGCCCGCCAAUACAAUCUCAAACAGGCUGGUGCCGACGACGACGAUCCGCUGGACCAAAAGGCAGGAUUCGCGCAUACGCGCAAGUGUCUUUUGGAGCUGCAUCUGGCGCUACUUUCGCGAUUGCAACAGCGUGGCCUCCCGGUCCUUGGCCUAUCACCCUUCGAGCACUUGGAGACGGACGGUGGAGACAAGAGCCCGAACGCAUGCUUUGAGAAGCUCGCCAACCGCACGAGCCAGUACCUGAAACUAGGUUUCAUCCCAUUGUUGCACGGAGAUGCUGUUCUGGAUCGCUCGCUCGGUUGCACCAUUCUUUCAGGCGAUAUUGUCAUGCACAAGCUCGUCAUGCUGAUGCCCAACAUCACGCGCUGCGUGUUUGUUACCGACGUGGAAGGCAUCUAUGAUGCAGAUCCAAAGACGACAAAGCGUCCCAAGCUGAUCAAACACUCCGCGCUGAGGAGGAGAACAACAACAAAACAACAACAACAAGCAAAACAACGCCGCUUGGCCCCUGUCUCCACCGGGGUCGACGUUACUGGCGGCAUGGGCGGCAAGGUCAAGUGGGCCCGUCAAAUCAUGCUCGAUGCCGCAUCCACGCUGAAACGAACCGAUUUGGAUAUCGUCAUUUGCAAGGCGGCCUCGCCCGAAGCUACCAGGGUGAUGAGUCUUGAGCCUGUCCUCGAAAAAGGGUUGCCUGUGCCUGGUCAGCUCAUGACAGUGUUCUCCUGGGCUCAGUAA